CCACAGAACACUAAUAUACGCUGCAGCUGUCAAAAGAAGCAUAGAUAGAUAACAAAAUUUCUUUGUAGAUUCCUGUGACUAAAGACAUGAGUUUAUUAUCCAGGCAAGAAAUAAACCUACGCAGAUUAUUAGCAAAAUGUGAACUUCUCUCUAAAGGUGAUAGAAAAGAUGAGAUACUUAGCAAGUAUAUUACUUCUUUAGAGUUAAUGUUAGUAGAAGUGAAGAAGCUAAUAGAGCCUUCUAAUAAUUCCAUUAGAAACUAUCAUAACAGGAUAAAGGCACUAAAGAAUGAAUUGGGAAUGGUCAUAGAAGAAAUUGAAAUAGAUAAUUAUCAAAGUAUGAGGAAUGAUUUAUUGAAUGUCCGACAUCGUACUACUAAUAAAGCAGCUUCAAGUGAUAACUUAGAUGAGUUGAUAAACUAUAAUGAUAAUGUUCAACAGAAAGUUACUGAUGACAUUCUUGCUUUAACGAAAAACUUGAAAGAACAAUCUGAAUUGGCAAAUAAAAUAAUAAAGAAAGACACAGAAGUUCUGACUCGAUCUUCUGUGAUAACAGAACAGAAUAAGGCUAAAUUAGAAGUAGAAUCACACAAAUUAGAAGAACACUCCCGAAGAGCUUGGAAGUGCUGGAUGUGGGUUAUGCUUUUUAUGGUGAUGCUUGUCUUUUUCACAACGGUGAUGUUUAUUAAAGUAACAAAAAAGAAAUAUUAAAAUGUGUUCUCUCUUUUUUAA